AUGGAUAGAAAAGCACUUUUAGAGUCGAAAAAGGCAAGACUUGAAGAACUUAAACGGCAGAGAGUUGAGAGAGAGCGUGAGUUUCAACAAGAGGUCAAAUCCUCUUCUAUCUCAACAACAUCUGCUAUUGUUGAAUCUUCUAAUGAUCUGGUGAAUAGCAUAGUGAAGGAUGUAUUAAAAACUGGGGACAAGUCAAGUGAUAAUAGAGCACCGAUAGAAAACAAAGAAAAUGAAAGUGCUGCAGAUCUGAACGUGAAAUCUAUUCCACAAGGGCAUCGUGCUCUAGGAAACCCGUCUGUUAUGAUGUAUAGCAAAGCAGUUGAUGUUGAGACCGACAAUGAACUGUUGUCCGAACCAGAGAAAAAUAAUGAAUCCAAUUCAUUUGGAAAGUCAAUUGCUGAAAUAAAAGCAUCCAUUGAAAGCGAAUUGCAGGCCAGAUACGCUAAAGAACUCGAUUCUCGACUCAAAGAUAUCGUCUUAGAUCAAGAAAAGAAGCAGCGAGAAGCCAAUCAGGCCAUUUUCAAGAUCUUCGAGUCUCCAAAGGACCCUAAUACAGAAAAUACGGAAAAGAAAAGUCGCUAUGCAAAGCAUCUAGCCCAGGAGACCACUUCUGGCUCUCUUAGUAACAGCGAAUUUUCGGCUACAUCCUCAUCUUUAGUGACUGAUAUCACCACUUUUGAUAGCGGCACUAAACAUAAGAAAAGCAUCACCUCCUUGGAUUGGUCACCUCAUUAUCCGGAACUUUUACUGGCAAGCUACUCUUCUCCAGAAAAUAUGACCUCUACAGGUCCCAGAGGAGUUAUUAUAAUAUGGAAUCUGCAAACCAAGAAGCCAGAGUUUACUCUCCUAUCCUAUGCAGAGCUUACUAUGGCUCAAUUCUGCAAAAAGCAGUCCAACCAGGUGGUAGCUGGUGGUAAGGAUGGAAAAUUAUAUCUUUGGCAAUUUGAUUCGUCCUCCAGAUACCCUAUAAUUUCUUCGUCUACAGCUUCUUUUGGCCAAUCGAUUUCUCCUGUAACGGGGAUCCAUGAGACAUCUAAUUCAUUUGUCUCCAUAACUGCAAAGGGACUCAUUUCAAUAUAUUCGCUCAGUCUCGUCAAUAAAAUCAGCGAAGAAACGAUACGGAUCCCUGAUCACCCGUCAUAUCUUCUAACCUCUUGCUAUAUAGAUUCUAUCCAGCUGGUCUUGGGAUUAUCAACAGGAGAGGUGUAUCUUGGGAGACAGCAAAAACUAGACGAACUUCAACUUCUCUAUAGUACCUCCAAGAAUGCCCGAUUGCCUAUAACUUGCCUUGAUUGUGUCAACGGAACGGUUUUAGCCGGCUCUAUAGACUAUAAGUUGAAGAUUCUUAACGUGGAAAAGGAGUCUCGACAGAUGUUUGUGCCUUAUCUUGUAGCUGAUUGCAAGUUUGACUCCGACUCCACACGGUUCAUUUCAAUUUCUUUCGAUGGAAAAAUCGAUUUUUGGGAUACAAAACAGAAGAAGAUCGAUCCUGUAGAGUCCAUCCAGUUGAAGAAUGACGUUAUGCUCAACAGAGCUCGCCGAAGCCUUGACAGAAAAUAUUUGGCUUGUGGAGCGCUCGACGGACAAGUAUAUGUUAUAAAGUAUAACAUUUAA